AUGGCUUCCGGGUUUGGCGGGGCCUUUGUCUCUGGCGGCAGCCGGAGCUUCUGGUGUAGUCUUCACUGCUCUGUGUCUUCUGCUCCUAGAGGCCCAGCUUUUGUGGCCUCGUCACCUGCAGGUAUUGGGAGAUCCACAGCUAAGACGCCAGGACCCACUGGAAGCCUAGAAAUGGGACCAUUGACAUUUAUGGAUGUGGCCAUAGAAUUCUCUUUGGAGGAGUGGCAAUGCCUGGACACUGCACAGCAGAAUUUAUAUAGGCAUGUGAUGUGAGAGAACUACAGAAACCUGGUUUUCUUGGGUGAAGGUAUUGCUGUCUCUAAGCCAGACCUGAUUACCUGUCUGGAGCAAGGAAAAGAGCCCUGGAAUAUGAAGAGACAUGAGAUGGUAGCUAAACAUUUAGUUAUGUUUUAUUAUUUUGCCCAACACCUUUGGCCAGAGCAGAACAUAAGAGAUUCUUUCCAGAAAGUGACCCUAAGAAGAUAUAGAAAAUGUGGAUAUGAGAAUUUACAGUUAAGAAAAGGCUGUAAAAGUGUGGUUGAGUGUAAACAGCACAAAGGAGAUUAUAGUGGACUUAACCAAUGUUUGAAAACUACCUUGAGCAAAAUAUUUCAAUGUAAUAAAUAUGUAGAAGUUUUCCAUAAAAUUUCAAAUUCAAAUAGACACAAGAUGAGACAUACUGAAAAUAAACAUUUUAAAUGUAAAGAAUGUCGCAAAACAUUUUGCAUGCUUUCACACCUAACUCAACAUAAAAGAAUCCAAACUAGAGUGAAUUUCUACAAAUGUGAAGCAUAUGGAAGAGCCUUUAACUGGUCCUCAACCCUUAAUAAACAUAAGAGAAUUCAUACUGGAGAAAAACCUUACAAAUGUAAAGAAUGUGGCAAAGCCUUUAACCAGACCUCACACCUUAUUAGACAUAAGAGAAUUCAUACUGAAGAGAAACCCUACAAAUGUGAAGAAUGUGGCAAAGCCUUUAACCAGUCAUCGACCCUUACUACACAUAAUAUAAUUCAUACUGGGGAAAUUCCCUACAAAUGUGAGAAAUGUGUUAGAGCUUUUAACCAAGCCUCAAAGCUUACUGAACAUAAGUUAAUUCAUACCGGAGAGAAACGUUAUGAAUGUGAAGAAUGCGGCAAAGCUUUUAACCGAUCCUCAAAACUUACUGAACGUAAGUACAUUCAUACUGGAGAGAAGCCGUACAAAUGUGAAGAAUGUGGUAAAGCCUUUAACCAGUCCUCAACCCUUACUACACAUAAGAGAAUUCAUAGUGGAGAGAAGCCCUACAAAUGUGAAGAAUGUGGCAAAGCUUUUAAACAAUUUUCAAAUCUUACUGACCAUAAAAAAAUUCAUACUGGAGAGAAACCCUACAAAUGUGGAGAAUGUGGCAAAGCCUUUAACCAGUCCUCAGCCCUUAAUACACAUAAGAUAAUCCAUACUGGAGAGAAUCCCCACAAAUGUAGAGAAUCUGGCAAAGUUUUCCACCUAUCCUUAAAACUUAGUACAUGUAAGAAAAUUCAUACUGGAGAGAAACUCUACAAAUGUGAAGAAUGUGGCAAAGCCUUUAACUGAUCUUCAACCCUUAUUGGACAUAAGAGAAUUCAUACUGGAGAGAAACCCUACAAAUGUGAAGAAUGUGGCAGAGCUUUUAACUUAUCCAUCAACCUUACUGCACAUAAAAAAAUUCAUCUUGGAGAGAAACCCUACAAAUGUGAAGAAUGUAGCAAAGCUUUUAACCAAUCUUCAACACUUACUACACAUAAGAUAAUUCAUACUGAAGAGAAACAGUACAAAUGUGAUGAAUGUGGCAAAGCUUCUACCCGAUCCUCAAAACUCAUUGAACACAAGAAAAUUCAUACUGGAGAGAAACCUUACAAAUGUGAAGAAUGUGGCAAAACUUCUAACCAUUUCUCAACCUUUACUAAACAUAAGAUGAUUCAUACUGGAGAGAAGUUACACAAAUGUGAUGAAUGUGACAAAGCUUUUAACCCAUCUUCAACCCUUUCUACACAUAAGAGAAUUCAUACUGGAGAGAAACCCUACAAAUGUGAAGAAUGUGGCAGAGCUUUUAAUUGAUCAUCAAACCUUAUUAAACAUAAGAAAAUUCAUACUGGAGAGAAACCCUACAAAUGUGAAGAAUGUGGAAAAGCUUUUAACCAGUUCUCAACUCUUACUACACAUAAAAUAAUUCAUACUGGAGAGAAACCAUAUAAAUGUGAAGAAUGUGGCAAAGCUUUCAACCUAUACGUAAACCUUACUACACGUAAGAAAAUUCAUACUGGAGAGAAACCCUACAAGUGUGAAGAAUGUGGCAAAGCUUUUAACCAAGUGUCAACUCUUACUAUACAUAAAAGAAUUCAUACUGGAGAGAAACCUUACAAAUGUGAGGAAUAUGGCAAAACUUUCAGUCGAUCCUCAAAACUUACUACACAUAAGAAAAUUCAUACAGGAGAGAAACCUUACAAAUGUGAAAAAUGUGCUAAAGCUUUUAGCCAGUCUUCAACUCUUUCUACAUAUAAGAUAAUUCACACUGGAGAGAAAUGCUACAAAUGUGAAGAAUGUGGCAAAGUUUUUAACCGAUCUUCAAACCUUACAGACCAUUAAAAAAUUCAUACAGGAGAGAAAUCCUACAAAUGUGAAGAAUGUGACAAGGCCUUUAACCGGUCCUCAACGCUUACUAAACAUAAGGUAAUUCAUACUGGAGAGAAACUGUACAAAUGUAAAGAAUGUGGUAAAGCUUUUAAACCGUUCUCACACCUUGCUAUACAUAAUAUAAUUCAUACUGGAGAGAAACUCUACAAAUGUGAAGAAUGUGGCAAAGCUUUUAACUUAUCCUCAAACCUUACUGCACAUAAGAAAAUCCACAUAAGACAAUUCAUAUUUGAGAGAAACCCUGAAAAUGUGAAGAAUGUGGCAAUGCUUGUAACUAAAUCUCAAACUUUACUAAACAUAAGAAAAUUAAUACUGGAAACUUUACAAACCUGAAAGAUGUGACAAUGAUUUUGACAACACCUUCAAACUUUUCUAAACAUAAAAUAAAUCAUACUGGUGAGAAAUCUUUAAAAUAUGAAGAAUGGUACAAAGCCUUUAAAUGGUUGUCACACUUGA